AUGCGCGGUCGCCUUUGUGUGGGUCGAGCGGCGGCCGUGGCGGUGGCGGCGGCGGCGGCGGUGGCGGUCCCGCGGGCGGGCGGGCGAGCGGGGAGUCCGGGCGGCGUCCGGCGCGGGAGCCGGGGGGCCAGCAUGGUGAAGAAGCGGAAAGGCCGCGUGGUGAUCGACUCGGACUCGGAGGACAGCGGCAGCGACGAGAACCUGGACCAGGAGCUCUUGUCGCUGGCAAAGCGAAAGCGGAGCGACUCUGAGGAGAAGGAGCCCCCAGUGACUCAGCCUGCUGCUGCCUCCUCAGACUCUGAGACGUCUGACAGUGACGAUGAGUGGACAUUUGGGAGCAAUAAAAAUAAGAAGAAAGGAAAGGCCAGAAAAAUAGAGAAGAAAGGAACCAUGAAGAAGCAGGCCAACAAAACUGCCUCCUCAGGCAGUUCGGACAAAGACAGUUCAGCUGAGAGCUCGGCCCCUGAGGAAGGGGAAGUGUCUGAUUCCGACAGCAACAGCUCUUCCUCCAGCUCUGAUUCCGACUCCUCCUCUGAAGAUGAAGAGUUCCACGACGGCUAUGGAGAAGACCUCAUGGGAGAUGAGGAAGACAGGGCCCGACUGGAGCAGAUGACCGAGAAGGAGCGGGAACAAGAACUGUUCAACCGCAUAGAGAAGAGAGAGGUAUUAAAACGGAGAUUUGAAAUUAAGAAGAAACUAAAAACAGCCAAAAAGAAAGAAAAAAAGGAAAAAAAGAAAAAGCAAGAAGAAGAGCAGGAGAAGAAAAAAAUGACCCAGAUUCAAGAAUCUCAGGUAACAUCCCACAACAAAGAGCGGCGUUCCAAGAGGGAUGAGAAACUAGAUAAGAAGUCUCAAGCCAUGGAAGAGCUCAAAGCGGAGCGAGAAAAGCGGAAGAACAGAACAGCUGAGCUCCUCGCCAAAAAACAGCCAUUAAAAACCAGUGAGGUAUACUCAGACGAUGAGGAGGAGGAAGAGGAUGAUAAGUCCAGUGAAAAGUCUGACCGAUCAUCCAGAACUUCAUCCUCUGAUGAAGAAGAGGAGAAAGAAGAGAUCCCCCCCAAAUCACAGCCUGUCUCUUUACCAGAAGAGCUGAAUCGGGUGCGAUUGUCCCGGCAUAAGCUAGAACGCUGGUGCCACAUGCCCUUCUUUGCUAAGACAGUCACAGGCUGUUUUGUUCGGAUCGGCAUCGGAAACCACAACAGCAAACCAGUGUACCGGGUUGCUGAGAUCACGGGUGUUGUAGAAACAGCUAAAGUUUACCAGCUGGGCGGCACCAGAACAAACAAAGGGCUCCAACUACGGCAUGGCAAUGACCAGCGAGUGUUUCGCCUAGAGUUUGUCUCCAACCAGGAAUUCACUGAAAGCGAGUUCAUGAAAUGGAAGGAAGCGAUGUUCUCUGCUAGCAUGCAGCUGCCCACUCUAGAUGAAAUCAAUAAGAAGGAAUUGUCUAUUAAAGAAGCUCUUAAUUAUAAAUUCAAUGACCAGGACAUCGAAGAGAUUGUAAAAGAGAAAGAAAGGUUCAGGAAAGCUCCGCCCAACUAUGCUAUGAAGAAGACGCAGCUACUAAAGGAGAAGGCCAUGGCUGAGGAUCAAGGGGAUCAAGACAAAGCCAAGCAAAUCCAAGACCAGUUGAAUGAGCUGGAGGAACGGGCAGAGGCCCUGGACCGCCAACGGACCAAGAACAUCUCUGCCAUCAGUUAUAUUAACCAGCGGAACCGGGAGUGGAACAUUGUGGAAUCUGAGAAGGCCCUUGUGGCUGAAAGUCACAACAUGAAAAACCAGCAGAUGGAUCCCUUUACCCGGCGGCAGUGCAAGCCAACCAUCGUAUCUAAUUCCAGAGAUCCGGCUGUUCAGGCUGCCAUCUUAGCCCAGCUGAAUGCAAAAUACGGCUCAGGGGUGUUACCAGAUGCUCCCAAGGAAAUGAGCAAGGGACAGGGCAAGGACAAAGAUUUGAAUUCUAAGUCCGCCAACGACCUCUCAGAAGAUCUGUUCAAAGUACAUGACUUCGAUGUGAAGAUUGACUUACAAGUUCCUAGCUCAGAGUCCAAAGCCUUGGCCAUCACCUCCAAGGCACCCCCCGCCAAGGAUGGGGCUCCCCGGAGAUCUCUGAACCUGGAGGACUACAAAAAGCGACGGGGACUUAUUUGAGCACGCCCAGCCUGCUGCUUCGGACUGCAUGCCCCGUCACAGCGCCCCACUUCCGGUUUUCCUUUCUUUUGCCCUACGGGCUGGAGCGGCAGUGGAGCUGGGAAGAGACUCGACUGCCAAUCAUCUUGUACUAUAAACCAUUUGCUGUAUAGACCCCCCGCCCCCUUGUCUGCAACAUCUCCCACCCACUCUCACUCCUGCCACCCCAGAUGCGGACCUAGGCUCUCUGGGGCUUUUAGAUUUGUGUUUGCCUUCUUUGGUUCUGUUUUCUUUUUGAAACCAACGCAGUUCAUUGGUCACUCUGCACGCAUUCAGUGUUACGUGGAGCUGGGAAUCUCGCUGGUGCGCGGGCCCACAGCAGGCUCACUCUCUCCUAGUCCUGCUGCGAGGAUGCCGCAGGACUGUGGGGCCUCCCACCACUGGACAUUCAGCACCUGAUCCUUGUGGAGGGAGCAGGGACCAGCUUCUGGCCCCUCCUCUCUCACCUAUCUCUUCCUAUCUCCGUGGAAAAGAGGUUUUCAAAACCAAUUUAGUUUCCAAAAAGUGUAUAUUUGUGGGGAGGGAGAGGGUUCUAUUUGCGAGAGUGUGUGAGCGUGUGUGUAUGUGUGAGUCUGUGUGUGUCUGUAAAUGUGUGGAUUUUUUUAUCAUUUUUUUAAAAUGCAGUACUCUUUGUACCAGUCUGUCAUGGGUCUCUAGCUGUUUCAGAUUUUUUCCAGCUGUACUUGAGCAUCUGAAACUGCAAGAAAGUAGCUCAUUAAAUGUGAUUCUUCUUACAAAACAGGCCUGGCUGCUGUAGCUGCGUGACGUCCCCUCCUUGGCCCUCUUCCCCAUCAGCUCUGAGAGACCCCUGCCUGCCUGGAGGCCUUGUCCUAGUAGGCAGGAGGCACCCCAGCAGGUUCUUGGGCCCGGCCCAGGCUGCAGGCUGAAUGUAGAGCUGUUUCUUCUUCCCACCCCCUUCUCCUUGUCUCUUCCUAAUGAUUCUGUUGUGCUGUUUCAGCAAGAAUAAUGUUUUUUUUUUGUUUUGUUUUGGAGAGAAAGUAUUCGACACAACUGUGGAGAGAGAACCACCACAAAAAGGCUUAGGUUGCUGAUGUUCAGAACAUGUGCAGUGUGUGUUUACAUAUAUGUGGAGAGCAUGUAUAUUGUGCAGCUAGGGUGAAGCCAGCCAAGAUGUGUGUGUGUGUCUCUCUGAAAUGUUUGAAAAGAGAUAAGCUGACUGCUUGAUAAUCAUUCUCAGGUGUAAAGCUCCAAGUGUAAAUAAAAGUGGCAUUUAACAAAUCUUUUCAGAACAAAGUACAGCUGAUUAUAUAUACUAGUAACUAAGCUAAAGAAACAGUUGAGCGACUGAUUCCCACCAGACGAGAGAGUUUGAGGCACUCUGCUCUGCUCUGUACUUUACCCUGCAUUUCCGUUUGGAAGGGGGUUGGUGGGAAAUUAAGGAAUUAAGUUGUGUUGAAACAUAAAAUUGAACUUGGUAAGUCUCCUGAGCUUAGCAGCACCUCGGUGUUCCUUUAACUUAGUUUACACGAUUUUAUUUUAUAAAGGAAAAAAAAGCAACAGAUGGUUUUUAAAACAAAUCAUGACCAUAAAAUUGCCAACUGUGACAGUCCCACUGCUUGGUGGUAGCUGUGACACAGUUGGAUUGAGCUGAGGAGCGGCCAUGGACUCAUUAAAAUCAUACAAACUUGAACAGUCCAUGGGCCUAUGUGCCCACUUGUAUGAAUCAGGAAUCGCAGGCUGCUGGAACCUCGAGGGCCUAUCAUGACAAACUGGGACUUUCUGAUUUUAAAAGAUGUGAUAAAUGAUAGAAUCCGUAUCAUUGCUGGAGUCUUUCUGAUCCACCAUGUAGAACUGUUUUUAGUUAUCCUUGGGAUUUGGAGAUGUGUCUACUACAUAUUAUGGCUAUGUAAUAAAAUUUCUAUUAAAAUUGCAUUACACUGUAGCCACUUUGCCACUACCUCCCCCACAUUCAGCUGCUGAGACGCCAGCACGGCAGAAUGAAGAGUCAACCAAAGACCAGCCAUCAGCAGCUGAGCUCCUGCUCUGGUGAUUGGAAUCAUGAUCUGUGUCCAGGUUCAGCCUUGGAACCAAAAUCAAGGCCAGGCGGAGUCCCAUGCAGCUGUGGCGUUGGGUUUCGUGAUACUUCUGCUGUGGUGGCCUCUCCACUCCUGGCCCACCUCCCUGCGGUUUCAGUGCUAAAGGGGUGCAGCACUUAAGUCUGUUUUAUACCUUUUUAACUUCCAAGAACUGGAAAGGCCAAUCUCCAUCUGCCUAGCUCCUGCUGUAGUUCUGUUUGUCUUGCCUCUGACAGGUUCGGGGAAAGUCUUGCCUGCAACUUCCCUUCCAAAAUCAUGUUUUUUAUCUCUGUCUAAACCUGACCUGUCGCUCAAACUGUACAGAUAUUUGUAAAUAAACUCUAUGCCCUGUUUUAACAAAGGGGUCAGACUUCCCCAAGG